UCCUACCUUCUAACUUCCACCAGUCCCAUUUCUUCCACGCUCCCUCUUAUUCGGACUCGAAUUUUCGUUUCUCAAAUCCUAACACCAUUCAUCUCUGAUUUCACAACCAAAAUCGUCUAGUAAUAAUUAAACCAUGGACUCCCUCUCAUCGGUUUCGCCCUCCAUAAUCCUCCCUCCGACCGCCAACUCUCUCCAUCCCCGCCGCCGCCGGAUCAGUCUCACUCCGGUCAGCCUGCACAGCCGCAACCUCUUCCUUUCCUCCGUUCUCGGAGCGCCGCGCUCUCCCGAUCUUUCCAGAAGACGGCUCGGCCCCAGAGAAGCUUCCUGCAGGUCGUCCGGCGGAGCUGGGGCGAGAAGUGGAGAAGAUGAUUCCGACGAUGAAAGCGAGCAGGUGGACAGGGCGCUUCACCUCGACGGCAGCAUCCCUUCCACUUCCGAUGAGUUUGUAAAGCGCGUGUCGUCACGCGCCUACGACAUGCGGCGGCACCUCCAGCAGACGUUUGAAAGCAGCAGCUAUGAUGUGUUGGACGCUAAUCCGUGGAGAGACACUUCCAAGCCUGUGUAUGUAUUAACUCAAAGGGAAAACCAGCUGUGCACAAUGAAAACGCGACGAAAUGUCAGUGAAGUUGAAAGGGAGCUCGGGCAAUUGUUUUCCAAAGGAGGAAAGUGGAAUCGAGCUAAACAGCCUAGAAAUGGCAACAAGUUCCAGAUGCUUGUUGAGGAUAUUAGGGAUGGAGUGCUUGUUUUCGAGGAUGUAAAUGAAGCAGUGAAGUACUGUGAUUUGUUGCAAGGAGGCGGCCAAGGUUGUGAAGGGGUUGCGGAAAUAGAGGCCUCAUCAGUAUUUGAUCUGUGCCAGAAAAUGAGAGCUCUAGCAGUUCUGUUCCGCCGGGGUAGAAAGCCUCCUCUGCCUCAAAGCCUGGAGCUGAACCUCAGGGCCAGGAAGCGCUCCCUCGAAGACCAACAAGACUAGAUUAGACUCACUUCAUAUAUAAACCACAAGCUGCUUCAAACUAGUGCAGGUUCAACACUCCACUAUACUAAUACACUGUAUACAACAUUACUGAUACACUUGCCAUGAAUCUGUAUUAUAAAUACACUUGUAAAUUUCGGGCUUGUAGGUAUUUUUCCUCAUUCUCACUAUGAUCAAUAUAAUCUCUU